AUGGUUCUCCUCGGCGGCCUUGAAGUCCUCGCAGCAGGCUACCUUAUAAAGCAACAUCUUAAACACAAAGAGGAGAAGCAACGUCUUGAAAUCGAAGCCUUGAACCUCGAAGAACAGUCUUAUCGCAUUUAUUCUCCUGAUCGCGCCGGUCCAAGUCAACGAAGACGGAGACAUUCUCACAAUGAGGAGCACGAUCACGAACAUGAUAAGAAUAGGGGGAGGGAAAGAAGUAAGGAGCGGAGGCACAGACGAAGGGAUUCGCCGGAAAGAAAAUACACUUAUGACAGGAGGGGGCGACAUGAUCGAAGAGACGAUAAGAGGAGAAGUAGAGAAGAUGUGAGGCAUACAGACUCGCCACCACCAAAAGGUGACUAUGCGUCGCAACCAAAACCACAGGGACAUCAAUCGGCGCAUCUAUACACCAGCACACCACCAACGCAAUGGGUUCCCCCUCCUCCUUCACAACAGCGCAUGAAUAGUCCGCCAAUCAUCACUACCUCUCCUCCCUUCACUCGUCAUCCUCAACCUUAUCCUCCUUAUCAAACGUCGCCGCCACCUCUUCACCCAACAUUUGCAAACGAACCAUACGCUUACCCACCCGAAAAAUUACCCGAGUCGAUGCUGAGACCUGGUGCACCAACUCGGGGUCGCUCAUCGUCUGCGCCAGGCGAUAUCUAUGACAGUCCAAUGGCAAAUACCUCGAGAGUUAGGAUCGCUGUUCCAGGGGAGGACGGGCUUACAAUUCCGGGCGAAACAAGAGAUCCACCACCCCCAUACGAAGAAAUUGGUGGAAAACACUGA